UUCUCGACCCAUAUAUAAGACAGCCACACCAGGUUCCCGUAUCAGUCUGCCUCCAAACUCUCGCACACCAAGGUCACCCAUCAUAUCGUCCUAAAGCAGCAAUAUGGCCGCCAACGCUGUCGCCCCCAUCGUCUACCAGCUGCAGGAAGGUCUUCGCAACGUCGACCUGAGGAGCUUGGUCAAUUCCUUUGACCUGAAGGGCUUGGUCAACAAGCUGGACAUCCAGACGGUGGGCCUGGUGGCACUGGUGGCUGUGGCCGCCGUUUUCCUGUUGGACCUGUUCACCAAGAGCUACGCCCCCUUCGGCAGGAGUCUGGUGUCCUCCGCCGCCCAUGCCUGGGAUAAAGUUGACCAGUGGGGCCUCAGCGAAAGUACCCGUGGAAGCCGUUCCCUGGAGCCCGUGACGAAGGUCCUGGACGCCCUGGCGGAGGCGGUGAAGAAGUGGGAGGCGCAGGAAGAGGGCAUCGUCAGGUAUCGUGCAUCUGAGCUUCAUUGAAAAUGGAGAUUGUGCAUCUGACAGCAAUCAUGACGUUCUGAAAAAAAUAGUACAAAGUCUGCUUGCAGGCAAGCAACUGACUUUCCAGAUCUGCAAUUC